AUGAAAUUUCCUGCAAGAGAACGCGUCGAUGACUGGCGGGGGCGUCUCCCGCCCUACGGCAAGCCUGUGCUGCCCGCGCAGGAGGAGCCCGUCGCCCCGGUGCACCGUCUCGAGACGGUGCCGCCGCGCCGCCGUUCGGCCCUUGGCGUGGGCCUGCUCGGUCUGGCACUCGGCGCGGGGGUGGCUGCCCUCGUGCUGGCCAACCGAGAUGACCCGCGCAGCCUGGGCACGCAGCUCGACGACACGAUCCGCCAGGUGCGUGGUGUCGGCAGCGACGUCCAGCAGACCGUGGCAGACACCCAGAAUGCGGCCGCUCAAGCCUCGCGUCAGGCGAUCGAUGGAGUCAGCACUGCGCUGGACGACAGUGCGAUCAGUCUCAAGGUCAAGACGGCGCUCGCGGCGGACCCCGCCUUGAGCGCAGCCAAGAUCGACGUGACGACGACCGGUGGUGUCGUCCGCCUGGACGGCCCGGCGCCCGAUGCGGCUGCCAAGGACCGCGCCACGGUGCUGGCCAGCGCGCCGCGCGGUGUGCGGGCGGUCGACAACCGGCUCGCCCUGCCGCAGCCGGGCAAGGUGGUGGCGGUCGUGGAGCCCGCCGCGCCAGCGGCAAAUCAGCACUGA